GAUCCAACGCUCAUUUGGUAAGUUGUGCCGGCCUUAAGAUUGGUCGAAAGGAAAUGAAACAGGAGCAGUGAGAUGACAAAGGGUGUAGAGAAUCAAUAACACAAUAAGGGAGUAAUGGGAGAAGGCAUCAUCAACACGGAAAAUUGACCUAGAAACAAACAAAUCCAGUGUGGUUAUGGGCUUUUUGGUGAAGCAAAAUUGAGCUUGCUGAAGGUUAUAGGUGAACAAUCCGUCAAUCAUGAAAAGGGAUGAUGCACAAGAUAACAGCAACUUGCAUACAAAGAAAUCAAUCCCACCCUACAUGAAGGCAAUAUCUGGCUCACUUGGAGGAAUUGUGGAGGCUUCUUGCCUGCAACCCAUUGAUGUGAUCAAGACCAGAUUGCAGCUUGAUAGGUCUGGGAACUACAAGGGAAUAUUGCACUGUGGUGCCACAAUUUCACGAACAGAAGGCGUGCGGGCUUUGUGGAAAGGAUUGACGCCUUUUGCCACACAUUUGACCUUGAAGUAUGCACUUCGAAUGGGUUCAAAUGCCGUAUUUCAAUCAGCGUUUAAGGACCCUGAGACUGGUAAGCUCAGUGGUCAUGGGCGGUUCCUUUCUGGUUUUGGUGCUGGAGUGCUUGAGGCUAUUGUUAUUGUCACACCAUUUGAGGUUGUGAAGAUAAGAUUGCAGCAGCAGAAAGGUCUAAGCCCUGAGCUUUUGAAAUACAAAGGUCCUAUUCACUGUGCUCGAAUGAUUAUCAGAGAAGAAGGAUUUCGGGGUCUUUGGGCAGGUGUUGCUCCUACUGUGAUGCGUAAUGGGACAAACCAAUCUGCCAUGUUUACUGCCAAAAAUGCUUUUGAUGUGCUUUUGUGGAAGAAGCAUGAAGGGGAUGGGAAAGUCCUCCAACCAUGGCAAUCUAUGAUUUCUGGAUUCCUUGCAGGCACAGCAGGUCCUAUCUGUACUGGUCCAUUUGAUGUGGUGAAAACAAGGUUGAUGGCUCAGAGCAGAGAAGGGGGUGAACUGAAAUACAAGGGUAUGGUGCAUGCCAUUAGAACAAUAUAUGCCGAAGAAGGACUUCUUGCCUUAUGGAAAGGUCUGCUGCCUCGACUCAUGAGGAUCCCCCCUGGACAGGCCAUUAUGUGGGCUGUGGCUGAUCAAAUAAUUGGUUUGUAUGAGAGGAGAUAUCUUCAUGCAGCAAUCUAACUUUUUCCAUUCCAUUAUUUUUUCUUGCUCCAGACAUUAGCUCCAUUGCAAGGCUACAAAAAUCUUCUUUUAAACCUCCAUUUGAUUUUAUUCCUAUGAAUUUGUUGAGUGGGCCAUCAUCAGUGUCCAUACUUGCAUUUAAUAUUUCACCGUACAUUAUUGCAUCUGUCUUGAU